CAUGCUCUACUAAAAAGGGAAAGAAAACUUAAAAGUAAAAUAAAAGAAAAAGAGAGAGAGAGAGAGAAUAGGGGUAUAGCGUAUCGAACAAAAACAGCCGAAAGAUUACGAUAGCAAAAAACGAGCUUCACAUCUGUGCUGCCGAAGAGAGAAGAGAAAAAAAGAGAGAUCGAAAAUGAGCGGAGUGGGGAAGAAGAUCGCCGACGUGACAUUCAAGGCCGGCAGGACUAUUGAUUGGGAAGGAAUGGCGAAGCUUCUGGUCACCGAUGAGGCUCGCAAGGAGUUCUCUAACCUCCGCCGUGCCUUCGAUGAUGUCAACUCUCAACUCCAAACCAAGUUCAGCCAGG